AGAGAACCCCUCAUUCUUCCUCGAUCAAAGAAUUUCCUUUCCACCAAUAUCCUUCAUUUUCGUUUAAAUCUUUCGUUUUUGUGGAAUCCUUUUAUAUAACAGUUUUUUUUCUCUCUUUUCUUUUAUUGUCGCAAUGUCAGCCAAAGUUCCUAGGAAUUUUAGGCUUCUCGAAGAGCUCGAGAAGGGCGAGAAGGGCCUAGGAGCAGAGGCAUGCUCCUACGGUCUUGCAGACGGAGAAGAUAUGAUGAUGAGCAACUGGAACGGAACUAUUCUCGGCCCUCCUCAUAGCGUCCAUGAAAACAGAAUAUACAGUGUCAACAUUCACUGUGGUCCCGACUAUCCAGACAAUCCCCCCGAAAUUCAAUUCAUCUCGCGGGUCAAUAUCCCUUGUGUGGACCAACGAACCGGCAAGGUCGAUCCCACGAAGCUGCCGUGUUUGGCUCAAUGGAAGCGCGAAUAUACUAUGGAAACUAUCUUGCUCGAAAUGAGAAGAUACAUGGCCCUUCCGCAACACAAGAAGCUUCCCCAGCCCCCGGAAGGCUCGAAUUUCUAAGCCGAUGAUCUUGCAAGAUAAUCAUGAUCGGUGGUUAGUUUUUCGCCAAGUCUCACCAUCUCAUCCUUUCUCUCCUUUAUUAUUAGAGCGUGUACAGUCUAUGCAUAACGGUAGGCAUGGCGUGGUAUCUUUCUUAAGUCUCCUUUCUGUUCAUCAAAAAUUUUUUCUCUUUAGAAAAUAUCUCGAAAUUCCCUAAUGCCUCUAAACGGUGGGUUUACUACCUAGACGGCCAAGUCCUCGACUUUUGGGAAGCAACCAAGCGCAUGAGUACCCAAAGCACCAAUCUGGCAAUAUAUCGGACUAGAAAUGAUAGGAGUGCUAGACUAACUAGCCAAAUUUCUCUUGUGCAUGAACGGACUAGACUUGGAAGAAUCUCCAGUUCAAGAGAGUUACACAAGAUUUGAUGAGUAUCCAGUACACCAAGUGAGCAAACAAAAUACUUAAGCCUAUAUACAAGUGAAAUUUAUUAUCGCAAUCUGCGAAUAUGAACGGUCGUGUGCAUGAUCUUCAUUCAUUUGU